AUGUUGCUCCUGGGAGAAGACUACAGCACCCCUCAACAAGCCACUGAUGAUCCAGAAGCAGAGGUGGACAUCUAUAUGAGAGACAAUCCGCCCUCUUUGGAUAUUAAUCCUCUUGACUGCCAGAACUUUGACAAGGGAUCUUGUCACUGGGAAGCCAUGGUCUGCCAUCCAGAAUAUAAAGGAAAGGAGAGCCUCUUCCUCUCCAGGUACCUGAUGCUACUGAAAGUGGAAAAGUCAUUUAGUUGCUCAAAGACUGAAACAACGUCACAAAAAAGAGCAAAUGGAAGUUAUUUAAUCUACCAACAUUGUGGAAAAAAGUUUAACAGAAAAGGAAACCUUAACAAACACAAGCUAAUUCACACUGGAGAGAAGCCUUUCACCUGCCCUCAGUGUGGAAAAAGUUUUAUUCAAAAAGCAAUCCUCGAGAGACACAGUAGAAUUCACACCGGUGAGAAGCCUUACACAUGUAUACUGUGUGGAAAUAGUUUCGUUCAAAAAGGAAUCCUCAAAACUCACAUGAAAAGUCAUACUGGAGAAAAGCCUUUCAACUGCAAACUAUGUGGAAGAAGAUUCGUUCAAAAAGCAAGCCUUAGAAACCACAUGAGAAUUCAUACUGGAGAACAGCCUUACACCUGCCAACAGUGUGGAAGGGGUUUCACUCAUAAAGGAAACCUUAAAAAACACAUGAACAGUCACACUGGAGAUAAGCCGUUCACCUGCAAUCAGUGUGGCAAGAGUUUCACAGCAGAACUAAACCUUAGGUAUCACAUGAACCGUCACACUGGAGAGAAGUUGUUCACAUGUGGUCAGUGUGGAAAGAGUUUCAGACGUAAAGACACCCUUAAUUCCCACAUGAAGAUUCACCUUUAAUUGUGACCAGUGUAAUAAACAAUUCUUUGCAUUUUGUCCAAAUUUUACUUCCCACCUUCAUGACCUUCUUUCACACCAGUCGUCUUUUCCUCAGUUUCAAAAAUUUAGUGGUUGCAGUAAACACUCUCUAAUUUUGAUUGUAUAGAGGAGUCA